AUGCGCUUCAUACAUCUUUUUAUCUCGACAGCGAAAGCUUUUCUGUCCUUACUUGCAAGGGCAGAGCCCGAGUAUCUAGAAUAUGUGCGGCCAAAGCUCCUACCACACAGGCUGUCUUUUGAUCGCGGCUCGAAUUUCUCUACACAAGCUGCACAGUCCCAUGACUUAGAUGGCCAAGCAGACGCUUCUAUGAGCGUUUCAAACCCGUUCCUUUUACCUUCUUACAUAAGUUCUGCUUCGACAUCGCCGUCACCAUCCACCUCUGCCCCUAGCGUAUUAGCGGAGCAGCGACUAGGUUAUCUUCACCCUAACGUCCAGGAUCACAAAGCAAGCAUUAUUAAGCUUGGCGACAACUUUCUUCGGGAAGACGUGGUGACGUUCUUGAGAUCGUUUUGCCGCAGAUGGAGCCAGACAGACCUCGGCUAUCGCCCCGGCCCAAAUAGCUUCGCUGGCGACGAUUCCAUAAUGCAAAGCAUGUUUAGGCAUUAUUACCACGCUGAAGCAUUCGGGCGUCGUUCGGAUAUAGAUCGUGUCAAAUAUCGAUUCUCGAGGAUCUUACUUUACCACGAUUUCGAGGAACUCUGCAUCAAUAUACAGAAUAAUUUAGAGAGAUAUAGACCUCUUUCCCGUGGCCAGGAUGCAGCCACUAUUGCUACAGACAAAUUCAUCGACGGGCUUGCUCUAGUGAUUGGUGCACCUGCCUCUAUCGUUGCUAUACUGCCUAUUCGACUCUCCAAACGUCUGCUACUGGUGGCGAUACCUGCUCUUAGCUGCGAGUGCAGGCGCAUGUUCAGCGAGCUUGGCGACCUCCUUGAGCCGACGGCAGCAGAUCUCACCUCAGUUACUAGCUGCUAUACAGUGCUUACGGCAGUGGUAUAG